UCUGCUGCUUCAGCAUCAGCACCUCUACAGAGCCGAACCGAGCCCGGAGAAAGAUGCUCUUUAACCCGACAGAGCCACGACGCGGUUAGUGGAGAGUCGGCGCGGUGAUGUCACGGUUCCUCCCGCUCCGCUGCCUCCAUUCAUCAUGCACCAUUCACGCGUCCCCAGGAACGGUCGCGUUCCACUAAGAACACCGCCGCUUUUGCCUCAUCUUUUCAAAACUCCCCUGGCUUGAUGGAUCGCGUUUAACGUUUUGCCUUUCGGCUGCUCCGCGGAGGGAAAAGCAAAGCAACAAAAGGCUCCUUCGACGCACCUGGCUGCCUUGUCGCCUCCUGACAUGACAGCUCAGCACCGGGAGCAGAGGAGCUGGACCAAGGGGCACCGACGUGCAGCCGGACAUUUAGACUUCAGCAGGAAACGGGGAGCUGAGGAGCGGGACCAGCCCCGGGGAGGCCCGAUUGCAGUUUGUGGGGACGAGCUCCAAGGGCAGUGCGGCAGUCAGCAGGCAGACCGGGGGGAGGAGGCUGCAGGGAUCUGUGAUGCUCCCCCUCUAGUCCCCGCUGCCGCCUCAAACCCACAUGAUAAUCUGGGCAUUCUCUCUUUUAUGUGUUGCCUCGCGGAGGAUGUGCCAGUCAGUCAGGUCUGCUCUUAAGGCGAGGGUGGAACCUAGCUGGAACUGAUGUGCAGACUGGCCAGGUGUCAUUUGCUCCCUUCUUAUUUGCUCAUCGUGUUGGUCGCCUGCACCAUGGGCUGUCUACAGAGCAUCGCGUGCAAGCCCCGCAUCCGACGGGAGAACAUUGUGGUGUAUGAGGUGUCAGCCUCCAUUGACCAGUGUCCCACCAUCAUCGAGGAGAACUCACCCAUCGUGCUUCGGUACAAGACGCCUUACUUCAGGGCCUCAGCGGGGGUCGUGAUGCCGCCCGUGCCCCGGAAUGAAACAUGGGUGGUGGGCUGGAUCCAAGCCUGCACUCAGAUGGAGUUCUACAACACAUAUGGUGAUAUUGGCAUGUCAAGUUGGGAGCUGCCCGAGCUGCGGGAGGGUCGAGUCAAAGCCAUCAGUGACUCGGAUGGGGUCAGCUACCCCUGGUACGGCAACACCACGGAGACGGUCACCCUGACCGGGCCCACAUCGAAACCCUCCCGUUUGACGGUCAGCAUGAACGACAACUUUUACCCCAGUGUGACCUGGGCGGUGCCCAUCAGCAACAGCAACACGCCCAUGCUGACACACAUCACAAGAGACCAGAGCUUCAUCACCUGGUUGGUGGCAAUGAACUCCAUCACCAAGGAGCGCAUUGUGCUGCAGACGGUGCGGUGGCGGAUGCGAGUGGACAUUGACGUGGACCCAGAUAUGCCUCUUGGGUCUCGGGCUUCUCUUGUGGGUCGGACUUAUCAGGAGCAGCCGCACAUUCUCAACUACCAGGAGCCCAUCCCUCCCAAUGCGCUUGGGCGGCCAAACGCCAACGACGCACAAGUUCUUAUGUGGAGGCCACGCAGAGGGGCACCACUAGUGGUCAUUCCCCCCAAAUAGCCGUGUGGAACAAAGCGACCAUGAAGUUCUCCUGUGGUCAUGGCGGCACAACGAUCGAUGCAUCGCGGCUGUGAUCAACCCCAGAACUACUAAGUCCAGCAGGAUCAAGUGACCAAAGCUGCAGCAAAUCUUGCUUUGUGAACUGAAUUUGGAUGCACCACGGGGAUUUUAGCCGGCAAUAAGACCCCCAUACUGCACCCGUGUGAAGAUCUGGUUGCAUGAGAUGAGAUUGUAAGAGGCAUAAUGUCUUUUCACGGUGCUGAAGAGAAGCAUUUGUUUUUAUAAAACUGUUUGACGGUUGGUUCAUGAACACUCCUGCAGGCCGGUGGCCCUCAGAGUUAAAGGAUUUAUUUAAAUGCGGCAACUCUCUGCCACGAUUAGAUUAAAACCACCCGAUUGUAUUAAGAUAAACAAUAUUUUUGCGGUAGUUCUUCCUCAAGCUCUGCUUCUUGUCGAAGGGUUUUUGCUAACUGUGCACUAAACAUGAUGCACCAACUUUAUUGGGAUGCAACUGACUGCAUUUUUACUUGAGAGACAAAGACAAUGGUCCGCCAGUGUCAGCUGCUUUGAAGGUUUUAAAGGCAUGUAAAUGUUGUGGAACAGAUUUACACCCAGAGUUUACGGGAGGCUUGUCGAUGGAAUGAGGCCAAACUGUACUAAGUGUAAAUUUAGAGUAGCUUUUAUUCAGGCCGUUUUUUAAGUAGCCCGGCCAGGUUGCUUACUUUUUGAUCAGGGAUCAGAUUGUACCCCUUUUGAUUUCUACAGCAUGGAAUUAAAGAGACUGUGUUUGGAUCUGGAUAGGUGCCAUUUUUUUGUACUACUUAACUUGUCGUUUUGUCAAUGUCUCUUACAUUGCCGUGUCUUUAUAAUGUGACACUGUAGUGUUCCUUGCCUGUCACUCCAGACAAACAAAGUCACGUGACUCAUCCUCCAUCUGCGCUUCUCUCCAGGUUCAUGCUUCACCUUCCGAUCUGCCUCCGUCCCACCCCUCCAUGUCUGUCCACUCACAACUAUGCAAAGAAUGCAGUGGAGAUGCGCGUCUCCUUGUUGAAUGAUGUUACUCCUAUGUCAACGCCCGAAGAGGUUCAAAUUGGUUUUAAUAAUUCAACGUGUCUGUCGCUCAAUCGGACAUCUGUUGCUAUAGAGACGGGGUUGGUUUGUCGAUCUACACUGCAACAAAUGGUAAAAAUAUUCAAGUGUGUGUGAGAGACAGCGAUAAAGGACACACACACACACACACAGCUUCUACUUAUCAUUCAUUUCACUUUGAAGUCAAAAAGAGGAUCAAGGAAAAGCAAAUUGUUUCAUCACAAAAGAUGCAUGAAUUUAUUCAUCAGCUUCAACACAAAGACUGUCGUUUUUGCAUUUAAAAAGCAGCCAAGCCUGUCCCUUUGAAAUA